CCCCCCCUCAGCCAUGUUGGUUGCGUCGGCGGCGCUCAGCCUGCUGGGUUCAGUGUGCGCGAGAGAGGAGUGAGCGAGGCGGGCUGAGGCUGUUGGAGCUGAGAUACAAGAGCUUCAUAAUGACAACCUUCUUGGAGUUCAUUCAGCAAAAUGAAGAUAGAGAUGGUGUUAGAUUCAGCUGGAAUGUGUGGCCUUCCAGUCGUCUUGAAGCCACAAGAAUGGUGGUUCCAGUGGCCUCUCUCUUCACACCAUUGAAAGAGCGUCCUGAUUUGCCUCCCAUUCAAUAUGAGCCAGUUCUCUGCAGUCGAACUACCUGCCGUGCUGUUCUAAAUCCGUUAUGCCAGGUCGAUUAUCGAGCAAAACUAUGGGCUUGCAAUUUUUGUUAUCAGAGAAAUCAGUUUCCUCCUACAUAUGCUGGCAUAUCUGAGAUGAACCAGCCUGCAGAACUUCUACCACAGUUUUCUAGUAUUGAAUAUGUUGUACAGCGUGGACCUCAGAUGCCUUUGAUAUUUCUUUAUGUUGUUGACACUUGUAUGGAAGAUGAAGACUUGCAAGCUUUGAAAGAAUCCAUGCAAAUGUCAUUAAGUCUCCUACCUCCUACUGCUUUGGUAGGACUUAUUACUUUUGGGAGAAUGGUGCAAGUUCAUGAGCUUGGCUGUGAAGGAAUUUCCAAAAGUUAUGUGUUUAGAGGGACAAAGGAUCUAUCUGCAAAACAACUUCAGGAAAUGCUAGGACUUACAAAAAUCAAUGUAUCACAAGUGGGUCGUGGUCCUCAGGUACAGCAGCCACCACCAUCUAACAGAUUCUUACAACCAGUCCAGAAAAUUGACAUGAAUCUCACUGACCUCUUGGGUGAACUACAACGAGAUCCUUGGCCUGUUCCCCAGGGGAAAAGACCUUUGCGGUCUUCUGGAGUGGCUCUUUCCAUAGCUGUAGGACUGCUAGAGUGUACUUUCCCUAAUACUGGUGCUCGUAUAAUGAUGUUCAUUGGUGGACCAGCUACCCAGGGGCCUGGGAUGGUUGUGGGAGAUGAACUUAAGCUCCCUAUAAGAUCUUGGCAUGACAUUGAAAAAGAUAAUGCCAAAUAUGUUAAAAAAGGUACUAAGCAUUUUGAAGCUCUUGCAAACCGUGCUGCUACAACAGGUCAUGUUAUUGACAUCUAUGCCUGCGCAUUAGAUCAAACUGGUCUUUUGGAGAUGAAGUGCUGUCCUAACUACACAGGAGGUUACAUGGUAAUGGGAGACUCUUUCAAUACAUCUUUGUUCAAACAAACAUUUCAGCGGGUGUUUACAAAAGAUGUGCAAGGGCAAUUCAAGAUGGGAUUUGGAGGCACCUUAGAAAUCAAGACUUCAAGAGAAAUAAAGGUAUCUGGAGCAAUUGGACCCUGUAUAUCUCUCAAUUCUAAGAGCCCUUGUGUAUCAGAAAAUGAAAUAGGAACAGGAGGUACUUGUCAAUGGAAGAUUUGUGGACUUAAUCCUACUACAACUUUGGCUUUGUAUUUUGAGGUGGUUAAUCAGCACAAUGCUCCAAUUCCUCAAGGUGGACGGGGUGCAAUCCAGUUUGUGACUCAAUAUCAGCAUUCAAGUGGACAAAAACGUAUUAGGGUAACCACUAUUGCCAGAAACUGGGCAGAUGCUCAGACACAGAUUCAAAACAUUGCUGCUUCUUUUGACCAGGAAGCAGCUGCCAUUCUUAUGGCAAGAUUAGCAGUGUACAGGGCUGAGACAGAAGAAGGACCUGACGUGCUUAGAUGGUUGGACAGACAGCUUAUCAGAUUGUGCCAGAAAUUUGGAGAGUAUCAUAAGGAUGACCCAAAUUCCUUCAGAUUUUCAGAAACUUUCUCCCUUUACCCACAGUUUAUGUUCCAUUUAAGAAGAUCUCCGUUCUUACAAGUUUUCAAUAACAGUCCUGAUGAAAGUUCUUAUUAUCGCCAUCACUUCAUGCGUCAAGAUCUGACUCAGUCACUUAUAAUGAUUCAACCAAUUCUUUACGCCUAUUCUUUCAAUGGACCUCCAGAGCCUGUUCUUUUAGACAGCAGCAGUAUUCUACCUGAUCGCAUACUUCUCAUGGACACCUUUUUCCAAAUUCUUAUUUAUCAUGGAGAGACUAUAGCUCAGUGGCGCAAAUCAGGCUAUCAGGAUAUGCCAGAAUAUGAAAACUUCCGUCAUUUGCUCCAAGCUCCAGUUGAUGAUGCACAGGAAAUUCUUCAUUCAAGAUUUCCAAUGCCACGAUACAUUGAUACUGAACAUGGGGGUAGUCAGGCCCGUUUUCUCCUUUCUAAAGUAAAUCCUUCUCAAACACAUAAUAAUAUGUAUGCUUGGGGACAGGAAUCUGGAGCACCAAUUCUUACAGACGAUGUAAGUCUGCAAGUCUUCAUGGAUCAUUUGAAGAAACUAGCUGUAUCAAGUGCUGCUUGAAAAAGUGUGGAAUUUUAGACAUGCUGACCAGUUGAAACAUUUUAGCUUUAUUGUUCUUUGUAUGUAAUUGUAAAAAUGAAUGCCCAAGCUGCCUAACUACAUCUUAAAGCAAUGUAGUUUUCAAGAGAGAGUGUUUAUUAUCAAAGGCCUAAGUACAAGCAUAGUUUUGAAAAGUAAAUGAAAUAAGGAUAUUGAGAGAAAUCUUUUAGGUUGCCAUGAUUAUACUGUAAUUUGCCUUAGUCCAUUGAUAUUAGCAUUUUUUUUUAUAUAUAUUCUAAUGGUGGAAAUUACCAUUCUGGAUUGCACUGCAAAAAUAUGGCAUAUUCAUGCUUAUUCCUUUUCACUAGCAGAACAAAGAAACUGAUGAUAAACAUUAUGAUAUCUAAAAAUAUUUAUUUUUUCUGUUUAGCUAUACAUGGAUGUUUUAGUAGGUUUUUUUCCUUUUUCAUUGUUUGGUAAAUAAAUUGUUUCUAAGUGAAGAAACCAAGCAAGCAGAGAUUGAAAAAAGAAUACCCAGUUGGUAUCCAAAGCUUAUAUUUUGACAGUCCUCUGAUGCUCUUUAUCAAUCUUGUAACUGCUAUAGUUAGUUCAAACUCUAUAAAAUUUGAGUGGGUUCAGGAAAGGAAACAAAUUAAUAUCCUAUACUUAUUACAAAUGUCUUGGCAGGGGAAAACAGAAUUGUACCAUAAGUAAAAACACAUUGUUGUCUGUUUCCCAGACAUACUUUUUUUUGUUAUAACCAUAUAAUGCUAUGACAUUGUGCGGUCUUGUGCGAUGUUCUAUUUCUGUUUUGUUAUUAAAUUAUAUAGGUAGCAAUUCUUUUCAAAACAGUGUUAUACACUACAUGUCAUAAUUAUUAUGAAUCUGAUAAUAUUUAGCUUUGUUUUUUUGGGAAAAUGUAUAUUUACACAAACUUAUAUACAUAUCUUUAAUAAAAAAGUUUUUCUGUAUGAAUACAGAUUGGCUUGUUGAAGCUAUUUCUAUACUCAGUAAAUGACUGAUAACCAAUUACUUCAUAAAGUAACAAAAAUAUUCUUAAAUAUAGAUAUCAAGGCAUAUUCUGUGGCCUUGCAGCUAUAUAUUAUAAUGUUGGCCCCCAAAACAAAUAUAAAUUGAGCCUAAGGAGUUUGGCAGUAAAUUUCAAGAAACAAUCUUCUUAGCAACCAUGACUCGAGCAUCCUUCAUUCUGACUCUAACAGAAAGAGAGAUGGAAUUUUGUAGCUCGACUGUGAAAGGAUAGCUCUGCUUAACUGUUCCUCAUUUAGUUGGUCCUUAGAAGAACUGCUGUUUAAGUUCAAAAUGGGUAACUCUGAGUUUUGUUUUUCAGACUGUAAGCCUGCAGGCAGGAGCUAUGCUUUUUACCCUACUGAGGAGUAGGAUAAAAUGUUUAAAAUAAACAGAUGAAGUAGGCUGUGCUUCAUACAUGUAAGUUGAAAUAAAUAAGUGAAUAUCAAUACCCAGGUUAGUGUAUUGGCAGGUCCUUCAUGAGCAUAAGAAGAGUCUUAGUAAAUAAGCUAAAAGAUCUGUCUAGCUUAGCAUCCUGUUUCCCAAAGUACCAUCUCUGUAAAGCCCAUAAGAACUUGAGCAUGAAUGCAUGGAUCUUAGUAACAGGCAUAAAGAAGUUGACUGCUAUCAACACCAGGUCUCACAGCCACUAUAAUUAGAAACAAUGUAUAGUCUUUACGUAUUUAUCUAAUCCUUCUCUAAAGUCAUUUGUACUUUGUGGUAGCAACUUCUGUGGUUUGAUUACACAGCUUUUUCUGAAUCGGACCCCAGAUUCCAAUAUCACAAGAAGGAGUCAUGUUUUUGCUGAGUUAUCCACCACAAUCCAAUAUGCUUUCUUGAUCACUUUAUGUUAGAACUAUGUAUAAUUAGGAUGUGUGGUUACUUUUUUUCUUAGUGGUUUGAUUUUCACAUAGUUUUAAACCAAAUGUUGUUUUAUAUGUAGUUUGCUUGGAUGUCAAAAACCACCCCAUCUAUUUUAUGGAAACAAGCUACAGGUUUUGCAGCUGGGUUAUGAAUAUUGGCACAUUUUAACCAUGGCUUAUAUCUGAAUUGAGAAUCUCUCCUGUUUCUGGUUUUCUCUUCCUAACCACACCUCUUGCUAAUCCACAGACAAAUAUAGUCCAUCCACAAAACAGGUAUAAAACAUCCUAUAAUAAACAGAAAAUACUGUGAACAUGCAUGCAAAUCUGUGUUUCUUUGGUCAGGAUUUUUGAGACGCCAUCACUGGUAAGAGCGACUGAUUGACAAACAUGCCAAACCACAGUCAUUUUGCUGAUGUAGAAGGGUAAUUCUGGUUUAUUCAAUAAAACAUGUUUAAAA